AUGGUUAGACAAGCUCCCAAGGGCAAAAGAUGCAAGUUCAGUUUCUCGCGGAGAGAUUUUUACGUUGUUUACUUAAGAUUUCUUCUUCUUCUUCUUCUUCUUCUUCUUCUUCUUCUUCUUCUUCUUCAUUUUGAUAUUCCUUCUUCUUUUUCUUCUUCUUCUUCUUCUUCUUCUUCUUCUUCUUCCUUGUUCUUCUUUCUCCUCCUCCUCUUCAUUCUUCUCCUUGUUUCUCCACCUGUUCCGUCUUUUUCUUCCUCCUCCUCCUCUUCCUUCUUCUUCUUCUUUUCCUCCUCCUUCUUUUUCCUCCUUUUUGUUCUUUUUCCUUGUUCUUUUUUCUCCUACUCCCCAUUUUUCUCCUUGUUUCUCCACCUCUUCUGUCUUUUUGUUCCUCCUCUUCCUUCUUGUGCUUAUUCUUUCUCCCUUUUCUUCCUUCUCAUCCUCCUCAUUCUUCUACUUUCUCCUUUUUCUUCUUCUUCCUCCCCCUCCGUCUUUUUUGUUCUCCUUCAUCCUCCUCCUCAUGAUUCUUCUUCUCCUUCCUCCUCCUCCUUCCUAUUCCUCUACCCUCCUCCUUCUUCUUCUUCCUCCUCCUUCUUCUUCUUCCUCCUCCUUCUUAUUCCUCUACCCUCCUCCUUCUUCUUCUUCCUCCUCCUCCUUCUUCCCUCUACCCUCCUCCUUCUUCUUCUUCCUCCUCCUUCUUAUUCCUCUACCCUCCUCCUUCUUCUUCUUCCUCCUCCUUCUUCUUCCUCCUCCUUCUUAUUCCGUGUCCCCCUCUUUCUUUUUCUUCCUCUAUCUUCCUCCACCUACUUCCUCCUCUUUCUUCUUCUUUGUGCCGUGUUUUUUCAGAUGCUAGGCGAUCAUGGUUCUCUAUAG